AUGUUCUUGAAAUGGAUUUCCCAAUUAAACCUUCUCGAACAUAAUCGUGAAAGCAACGUGUUGUCGAAAUUUCCUCUGAAUGUUCGAAAAGUACUUAUACAGGAGAUAACGCAAGUACUACUUCAGGCACAUGAUCCAAACAUCCUUCCAUCCAUGGCACACGUCAAGUGGGUCAUGGAGGCGAUCGGACAAGGAUUUGCAUUGCCACUGGAAGAAAUGUCAAUAACAGCAAAUUCCAAAGAAUUGUAUUCUCAAUGGCUAUUUGAACCAAACUUCCGACCAGCGGCCAUAAGAGAUGCCGUUGGAAAGCCUGAGGAGCAAGAAUUUUGGCAGACAAUAUUUCAUCAUUACUCUUUACUCUUCCAACCCCGUGUGCAAAAUGCAAAUACACCUACAACAUCAACACCGACGACGCCUGGAUUUCCCUCAUCAGCAAAUCAGACGUCGACUUUUACUUAUUUGCAGC